ACUCAUCGUGCGGGACGAUGCUUAUCGCCUUACGCUGGACAAUUCUUCUUCUCAUUCGUGUGUGAGUGAGAGAAUGGAAAAUCGUAUCGUGCGUGAGGCUCCAAAAAAGUUAAGAGUACUUAAAAGAGACGAAAAAGCUGUGAAAUGUAUCGGCACGCAAUCUUUACAAGCACGCGUAUGACUCAAUACGAGUACAAGUCUCUGUGGGAACCAAUCCACCCACGACGCCCUGCAUAAAGCUGCUUCAAAUUAUAGCACAAUUUCUCAGGUCUAAUAAACUUGGCGAAUUCAAACUUGAUGAUUAAUUCGCCCUGAUUGGGGGGUUGCUACUUAUAAGAUAUAAUUGAUGAUUGAUCGAUAGAUAGGACUGUGCGGCGUGCGAGCGGCGAGGGGCGUGUGUUGACCGUUGUUCAUGAAUUCUUCAAUCGGACAGCAUCUGUUCGAUGGGAAAAUUGUGCGCCUGCGAGAAAGCAGUUUAGUUCGCGCGCGAACACAACUCACGCAAGACGUCCGCGCGUUCGGUCACCGGCAACGCUCGCGUGUCCGUUUCAAGUGUACAAUAUUGGUGCAUCACCGAUAAUCACAUUUGUGCAAACAACGUCCAUUGAUAGAUUCAAUGCAGAGUUUUCUAGUGCAACUUGCAGAAAUGGGCCAGAAACUAUCGUCCCAACCGAAUGCCCCCCUCGUUUGGAUACUGCGCGGUCAGCCGAAGAUGCACCCCAAUCCCGAGCAACCAAUUAAAUUUCAAUUCAAGUCACGCAGAAAAUCCACUUCGUAUCCAAGCCCAACGCCUGUCGAUUGUGACGACAACCUUAGGCCUACUAAGCGCACAAUUUCCACUUCUUUCCUGGAUACUGUGGAUGAUUGUAAGCCGCACGCCCGUCCCGGUAAAAGAUCCAGCCACAGUUUCGGCCUUAUCGCCCUCAAUACAAGCUCGGAAAAAUUCGAUACCCUCGGAUACGAUGUGGAGGAUAUUAAUCAAUUUUUGACCAAGGCGUCACUGGAGAGGCCCGCAAACAUACCGGUGGUGUUGUCCGUGCCCACCGUGCUUUACCAGACACGCGUCGGUGGUUAUCAAGUCGAGAUCGCCCUGCCCCUAGGCAUGGUCCUAAACGCAGUCUUCCGCAAUCAACAUUGGCUGUACGCGCAGACACCGCACGGUGAGGAAGGAUACAUCGCAUACAUAGCCUGCAUUCCGUUGGGCAUCGUUCCCUCAGCAGACGACGCCCUGUCACCCUGCUGGGCCACAUUGACAGAUGUCUUCCCGCGGCCCUCCGGUAACCUGACCGAUGCGGACAAAGUCAGCACGUGUAGCGAGGGCAGGCGGCGUAAAACUGGUGUACAUCUCAGACGACGAAGACGGGUCGGCGGUACCAAGGGGGCCACGAUCACCACCAGCACCGCAUGGGGGGAGAACAAUGUAGAUCAACUGUAUCUUCGCGCCGCUUCCACAAAUAACGGUGAGGUGUGCCGGCACACUUUGCUCGUGGUCGACGAGGAUUAUGCGGAGAAAGGCAGCAACACAUUGAGCGUAAGAAAAGGGGAUGUCGUGACCCUGUUGAGUACCCACCUGCGUGGCUGGUUCUGGGUGAGGCGCACCGAAGGCGAGGAAGGGUAUAUUCCGGCUGCUGUUGCCGGCUACGGUUAUGUAUAAUACACUGCGUGUAUUCGUAGAAAAUGUAUCGUAUUCUUGUGCCCAUGAUCCCUAUGAAAACUAGCAGAACGCAGUGCUAAGUAAAUUAAUUAAUAAAAGUAUACAAAGUUA